GCCGCGCCGCGCCGGGAGAGGAGCGGAAAGUGGGGAAAGCCCGAGAACUUCCCGUCUGCCCGCCCGCGCCUGCCCCGCCGGGCUCCGCCGAGUCCCUCCAGAGAGAUGUCCGAGGCUCCCGCUCAGUGUUGCAUCAAGCAGGAAAGAAUUUCGUACACACCUCCAGCGAGCCCGGUACCGAAUUACGCUUCGUCACCACUACAUGUCCCAGUGCCUCAAGCGAUCAGGAUGGAGGAAGACACCAUCAGACUGCCAGCACACCUGCGUUUGCAGCCGGUUUACUGGAGCAGGGAAGAUGUGGCACAGUGGCUCCGGUGGGCGGAGAAGGAGUUUUCCUUGAGGCCCAUUGAGAGCAACACCUUUGAGAUGAAUGGCAAAGCUCUGCUGCUCCUGACCAAAGAGGACUUUCGAUACAGGUCCCCUCAUUCAGGUGAUGUUUUGUAUGAACUCCUUCAGCAUAUCCUGAAGCAAAGGAAAGCUCGUAUGCUCUUCACACCUUUCUUCCACCCUGGGAACUCUAUCCAUGCUCAGCCAGAGGUCAUAUUGCACCAGAAUCAUGAUGAAGAUAGCUUUGUGCAGAGACCUUCGAGGCCCUCCGCAGAAGCAGUCCACCACAACCCCCCAACCAUUGAACUGUUGCAUCGCUCGCGGUCACCCAUCACCAACAACCACCGUCCGUCGCCAGACCCCGACCAGCGGCCACUGAAGUCCCCCAUGGACAGCACCCUCCGCCGCCUGUCCCCGGCCGACAGGGUGCCAGGGACGAGGCACCAGCACGAGAACAACCAGCAGGAGCCCUAUCCUCUCUCAGUGUCCCCGAUAGAAAACAACCACUGCCCGCCUCCUUCCGAGGUGCUGCAGAAGCCCUCCAGCCCUCGCCAGGAGAACACCAGGGUCAUCCAGCUGAUGCCCAGCCCUAUCAUGCAUCCUUUGAUACUGAACCCCAGGCACUCCGAUUUCAAACCACCGAGGUUGUCCGAGGAUGGGCUGCACAGGGAGGUGAAGCCCAUCAACCUGUCCCACCGAGAAGAGUUAGCCUAUAUGAACCACAUCAUGGUGUCUGUCUCCCCUCCCGAGGACCACGCGAUGCCGAUCGGCAGGAUAGCAGACUGUAGGUUGCUUUGGGAUUAUGUUUAUCAGCUGCUUUCUGACAGCCGGUACGAAAAUUUCAUCCGAUGGGAAGAUAAGGAAUCCAAAAUAUUUCGGAUAGUGGAUCCCAACGGGCUGGCCCGUCUGUGGGGAAACCACAAGAACAGAACAAAUAUGACCUAUGAGAAAAUGUCCAGAGCCCUACGCCACUACUACAAACUAAAUAUUAUCCGGAAGGAGCCAGGACAAAGGCUUUUGUUCAGGUUCAUGAAGACCCCAGACGAGAUCAUGAGUGGCCGGACAGACCGCCUCGAGCACCUUGAAUCCCAGGAACUGGAUGAACAAAUAUACCAAGAAGAUGAGUGCUGAAGGAAACAGGUGCACCACCUCUGUGGGUCCAGGGGAGAAACAUCUGCCCGACGGUCGGCACGGUUUGGGAGGGGAAGCAACAACACAGGAGCUGUACUUGAGGUCGCCGCUUAGCUUGAAGAACAUGCAGGACCUGAAGCACCUUAACAAAACAAACUAACAGGCAGAAGUGGUGCUGGCAGGAAAGCAAAGGGGAGAAAGCCUGGACUUAUGCACUACUUCACUGUUCCUACAAAGUCUCCCUUGAGUUUUUUCUUUCUUUUUGGUUUGUUUCAGUUUUGGGGGUUUUUUGUCAUUUUUUUUUCCCUAAUAAACAUGCAGUUUGACUUUUCUUAUCUCACAUAGG